CUUAUUAAUGAAGUAUUAAAAUGGGUUUGCGAUGUUAUUAAACUAGAAUCAGUAGAAACCUAGACAUUUAAUAUGGUACCCCGCUAUUUGCUAUUUGCAUCAACGUCUUGUAUUGUGCGCUCGCGGAUUUUGUAGUUUUGUGUUGUUUUUUUUUGAAACUUUUUUCCAUUGUGACCUGCAUUUGUCCAGUGUUAGCUUACAAAACAUUGUGAGGAUCUUACAAAACAUUUUUUUCUGGAUUUAUUUUGUUAUUAAAUAAUUUUAAGAUUAAUCAUGAAUGAUUUCAGAAAGAUGUACUCUGAAGAAGACUAUGAUAGCUGCAUCAAUGAUCAAAAUCUGUUGCUGGAGAUUGAUUCUUGCGGUCUUGACUUUGAGGGCAUUUCAUCAGGAUUCAUUCCAUCACCAGCUUCGGAGACCAUGGAAAUGGGCACCAAACCAAACCCAGCUACACAAAUAGAAUUUCCUUUCUGUCCCCGAGGGCCUCCACAAAGGAUGAGUUAUCCGGGUGAACUUAAUUUCCAAGUGGAAGUGAACAGCAAUGAUGUACACAAGAAGACAUUUUUGUAUUCCCACCAACUGUGCCGCAUCUACGUGGAUAUGAAGUGCAACUUUAGCGUGCAAUUCAACUGGGACUACUUGAAGGCUCCGCAUAUGUUCGUGCGGUCUACAGUCGUCUUCUCCGACGAGACGCAGGCGGAGAAGCGAGUUGAACGAUGCGUUCAGCAUUUCCAUGAGAGUUCUACUUCUGGUAUUCAAACAGAAAUUGCCAAAAACGUGCUCCACUCAUCCCGGGAGAUUGGUACCCAGGGCGUCUACUACUGCGGGAAGGUGGAUAUGGCAGACUCCUGGUAUUCAGUCCUGGUGGAGUUCGUGAGGACCAGUCCUGACUCCUGUUCUCAUGCUUACCAGUUCUCCUGCAAGAAUUCUUGUGCAACCGGCAUUAAUAGGCGGGCGAUUGCUAUUAUUUUUACACUGGAAAAUCAUAUGGGUGAAAUCUUUGGGCGUCAGAAGGUAGGAGCGAGGGUUUGCGCCUGUCCUCGUCGAGAUAUGCUCAAAGACGAGACAGCUGAGGGGGUGUACAAGACAGGCAAGAAACGCAUCCCCUCUAACCAGAUUGAACCGCCUAAAACUAAGAAGAUCAAAGUCGAGAAUCUCAUGGAGUUUGAUGAUGCUGUACAUAAGCUGCCUCCGUUGCAAAUCGUGGGGUCCAGAGCGAUGCUAUGCGGCCUCAAAGUGAUGUUAGAAAUGAUGGAGCUAGCAGUCGAGUGUCGAAAGAAUGACCCAGAGUCCACGGCCCUACACGAAAAACCUAUCUCGGACCUCAGAGAUACCAUCAAAAAAUUGGAAAAUGCCAAAAAACCGCCACAGUAAUAUUUUUUGUACCUUUUUUUUUAUUUUUAGUGUAGUUUUUUUUAGUUAAACAUAAGUUUGACGUUUUCAUUUUUUUAUUAUGUUUCGAUUUUUAACACCCAGUUUUAGUUGACAUUUUUGUAUUUUUGAUAUAAUCAUGACUUUAUCUUUACAAGUACAAGCAGUGCCUUUCCAAUAAUUUUAUAAUAAUUUAAAAAAAAACAUGAUUUUAUAACUUAGAAGGGUCUUUUUCCAUAUGCCUACAUACUUUUUACUGACUCAUACUAAGGCAGGCAAAAGUGCCUGCAAGUUGAAAGCCACAUAAUUGUACUGUUGUUUUAUCGCAUUAUCAUGUUUGAUCUGAUAAUUUUAUCUGCUAAAACACUUUACGCAGAGAAACCAAAAAUUACUUUUCCUUUUUUUACAUCUGUCUAGUGCUAUAGACCCAAAUAAAAGAAUUAAGUAAUUUAAUAAACAAUAAAAAAGUACAUAAAAUUUACAUAAUUAACUAGCACAUAAUAAUUGUAGGCACUGCUCAUCAAGUUACCUCAAAAAUAUUUAACCAGUGCGUCCCACCCUUACUUAAGACAUAUUCCUAAGUGUUCAAACUAAGCAUUGCUUAUGGUGGGUACACACGAUACCAACUUCACACACUUUCAUAGAAUUUUGUCUCCGCAACAAAACGGUGCAUACAAAAGUCUGAGCCAAUGAUAAGUCGGCACGGACAUCUUCCGUCGUACCACAAAAACUUAAACGUCUGUUGAAAACUUGCCUAAAAAAUGACAGAUUAUGACGUUGAAAUAAGGUCCGUUUUGUAGCCACACUUUUUUAGACAAGUGUUCAACGCGUGUUUAAGUUUUUGUAGUAAGGCUGUUUGUAUCUCAUAUUUUCACUCAGAUUUCAGAUUUUUAUAUAGACUUCAUUUCCACUUUAGAUUUUUUGUAUCGUGUGGACCCACCAUUAGUCUUAACAAAACGAGUGUUAAACAUACUUAACAGUUCGGCCAAAGGCUAUUUUGUUUAGAAUCUGAUAAAAAACAACUGCCAUACAUAAGCCUUUUUAGUGGUAAACCAAUAAAAAAUGUAAAUAUUGGGUAGUUGACACAAAAAAGUUCAUAGAAAGGAUAUAUUUUGAGAAAUUAUUAUCAUUUUAAGGAAAACUAGCUGUCUACUCGCGGUUUCAGAUCCCGGGGGAACUAGUUCUCGUACCGGGAUAAAAUAUAGCCCUUGUUACUCGGGAAGAGUGUAGCUUUCCAACAGUGAAAGGAUUUUUCAUAUUUAAUCAGUAGUUUCGCAGCCUUUAACAAACAAACAAAACCAGUUCCUGUUUAUUAUAUAAGUGUAGAUAAAAAACAUAUGUACAGGUAAUUCACUAAAAUCAUGAUGAAAUAAAAAUACAGUAUCUAUGAAGGUAAUGUAUGAAAAAGGUUCGCUUCCAUACGUCAUGUGUGAUAAUCGCAACUCAUUGCCAUACUACUGCCAAAAAGAUAACAGGAUAGUAAUAAAAACCCAAUGAUGUCAACUGCCCAAUCAAUUCGAGAUAACAUCACAACUUUGCAUUAUUUUCCUUACGUAAAUAAAAGAUACUGAAGCUUAAAUAUUACUGUCUGUUCCUGAUAACGAUACUGAAAGAUUGAUAAUCCGGAAAUUGCUUUGCGUCCCAAUAUACUAUCUGUAGUUUUGGUUACUGAAGAUAGGAAGUCAUAAUUCAUAAGUCCGGGAUAAAAACUAUCCUAUGUUCUUUCUCAAGGUCAACUCCAUCACUGUACCAAAUUUCAUUCAAAUCAGUUCAGUGGUUUAGACGUGAAAGCGUAACAGACAAACAGAGUUACUUUCGCAUUUAUAAUGUUAGUAGGGAUUCUAUCUGUAGUAACCAAAUCAACAGAUAGUAUUGGGACGGCCGUUGAUAUACACAAGAAUACUUCAGAUAGCACUGUAAUUGGCUUUAAAAAAGACUGAUAUAAUAUUUUAAAACAUUUGGUGGUGGACUUAAAAUGUUACAAAAAAACAAUGACGAAUAUUAGAUUUUUUAUACGUCUAAAACAAAUAAUUAUGUAUGCUCUGCAAGAUAGCAAUUGUCAAAUUCACUUUUUAAGUUUUGCUCAGUGUACACUUAUUUUUGUUGCUGACUGUACAUUUUAUGUUAAGUGAUUAGUUAAACAAAAAACUUAAAAAUGAAAAAAAAUUAGAUACUGUAACUUUAUACUUAAUUUGAAGUUAUGAUUUUGUUUUUAGAUUAGGUAUCAUGUUAGUUGAAGCUAGAAAAUAAGAAUGUUUGAACCACAUUGUAUCUUAUAAGCCCACGGAAAAGAUAAUGACUAGCAGAGAUGUCAUAACGCAAAAUCUCUUAAGAAAGUAGCGCGCCAAAAUGCGGGUGUUCAGGGGACGAGGAAAGUUACUAGCUCCGCCCUUACACGCCUUCUAUUUUCAAAAUAAAAUCACCAAUCAAACAAGACCAAUAUUUGACAGAUUGGUUUUGAUUUGACAAGGAACCCAAACGCGUCGUUAGUUCUAUUAACAGAGUGCUGAUUCCGAGUUUUGUAAGUUUACGCGCUCGAUACGUAAUUAUAACUUGGCUGAAGUAAAGAGUCGUAUGCUACAUGACAUGAUUAGAAUAUAGCACGUUCAUUCAUUUUUCCGUAUAAUGGAGUUUACUAUUUCGCAAGUGAGCGCGUUUAUAGUACGACCAAGUGACAGCCUUUAUGAAAUAAACAUGUCAAAAAUGAAAACUUCGUAAUUAAAUUGUAUGAUAAUUUACGCAUCGAGAAAGUUAACUUGCAAAAUUCGCACUAGGCAUUCUGAUCACACCUACCAUACGUUGCUUGACCUACAAGAAGGUGCCUGGCCUACCUUCCUUAUGGCAUCUCUGCUAUUUUUCCUUCCUCCGUGUAUAAGCCAUUUUCACCAUUUCUAGAUAGGAACAGUUAACUAUAAAAAAACAUAGAACAUCUUGAGUGUAAUUUCAUGUUAAAAUGUUCUAUAGAAGUGGUGAAUUUGGCUAUGUGUAUUGUUUUUUAGUAAAUGUUAUUAGAAUUUGGAUAAAAUUUUAUUAAAUGGUGUAGGCGUGUAUGGAAAAGGAAAAAUUAUAUAUGAAAAGUUUUGUUUAAAAAUAUAAGUGCUGCAAAAAAAUUAUUAGACCUACAAAAUAAUUUUGCAAUAUAAUGCAGUUUCGAAUAUUGAAAAAUAAACUGUAUGGAAUGGGAUGAAAAAUGUAUGAUAAAUUCUAUUCUGUGCAAUUAAAUAUAGGUGCUAUCAUUGUUUUUAUAUAUUAUGUAUAAAAAUGUAAUACAUAAUUUAACCGACUUCAAAGAAAGGAGGUUCUCAUUUUGACCUGUAUGUAUGUUUGUGUGCGACUAUCUCAAGUUUGGCUGACCCGUUUUUGCUGCGAUUUUCAGCCUAGUUUUUGGAAUACUUGGAGAUUUUAGGUUUGUUUUUGAAGUCGGUUUUAUUAUUUUUAGAUACAAUGUGGUAACAUUAUUAUUUUAUUAUGGUGAUUAUAAAAUACAGUGUCUUACACCAGGUGAAACCUUAAGAGAUUUAUAUCUUGAAUACAUUGUACAAUACGACAGGUAUUGUUAGAUAAAUAAGAAAUAAUUUUUAUAUUUUAGUAUGAUAAUGAAUAUUUUUAAGAAUUGAUUGUUUCUUAGUAUUUUUGUAAUUUUCGUUUUGAAUAUUAUGUAAUUUAAAAUAUAUUAUGGACGCUGUGCCUAGUAUGUUUCAAAUUAACCGCCUUUUUAAGAUUAAUUGAAUACAAAGACCAUUAAAUAUGGAGCUCAAAA